AUGCGCGCAGUGGCCCUGUACCCGAGCGGUCCGUGGAAACACAUUGGCGCGGUCGUGAUCACGCGGUCUAUCCGCCAGAUUCAAACUCACGCCCAAAAGCUGCGCGAAAAGGCGGCAAGACACGAUCGCGGACUCAAGAUCAAGACCAAUCACCAGUCGGGUGUGGCGCUGCCGUCGUAUUUCCUCGCGAGAGGCCGCAGCGUGAACGACAGGGCCUUGGGCGACACUCACAACGCAACCGAUCACACAACCGACGCAAGGGGCUUGCCACUCGACGAAUGUCUCGACUUUUUUUUUCAAAUCAUCGACGACGUUGUCGUGGUGUAA